CAUGAAAUAUGAGUUGAAAUAAUCAUUAAAUAAUUACUAUUUAUUGUUUUAUUUGAUAUAACAUUUCAAAUGGUGUUUAAAAGCGAUAGCAAAACGAGUCUAUAAUUAAAGUGUGAACUUAUUGUUAGUUUUAAAGCUUUUUUACUGCUGAAGACAAAGACAAGUGUCUCACAAGUGAUGUCCAAAGUGUCGUUUAAAGAGAGAGUGAUUUUAGUGGAUAUAUUGGCCGUAAUCUUCGGCAUCAGCUCAUGGGUCGAAGUGAAUGGCGUUUGGGUCGAGACACCCAUUUUGGUGCAGAGACUUCCGGAGGAAUGGAAUUUAGCCUCUUUUAUAGUAAUGAUCACUCAAUUGGCAAACAUCGGACCCAUUGUCUACUCUAUACUCAAAUUUAAAUUCACAUUAAAGUCUGUAGAAAAUCCUGCAAUACAUGUGACUCUAUUGAUUGGCGCCGUUUCGUGUCUUCUAUUGUCACUGUUUUGGGACCGAAUCAGUCUUAUUAAUGGAUCCCAACAUUCGGUGACAUUCCUUCUGUUGACGGCGUUGUUGGCGGUCGUCGACUGCACCACAUCUGUCCUCUACUUGCCAUUCAUGGCUCACUUCAAGUCCAAGUAUUUGAUGUCUUAUCUGAUCGGUCAGGGCUUGAGUGGACUCAUCCCCAGUAUUGUGGCCAUCAUUCAGGGUAUG